AUGGGGGGUGGGGGGCCGAACCCGGAGGGGCCUCCGGUCAGCCCCCUCCCCGUGGCCAGACCGGCCCCGCCUUUCCCCGGUCAGCCUCGUCGCCACUCCCUUUCCGUGGCUCCGGAGAGAGCCCCCUCGUCCCUCGCGGGGUUGUGCUUUGGGCUUUUUGUGCUGGGUCCUUCCUUUUUCUUGUUCAACUCCGGAAGAACCGAGAAAAGGGAACGGAAGGAAAGGCAGCUCGCUCAGGCGAGGAAAGGGGCAGGCGGACAGGCAGGCAGGAAUACCCGCUUGGCCGCCUCGGGAAGUGGCACCCUUCGGAGCCCAAGCUUUGACAGGGAGUGCGCGCGCCUGUGUGCACACAGAGUGCGCAGAGCAGACCAGAAAGAAGGCAAAACUCGACGUCUGGGCGAACUGAGGCGCGACUGGACAGAGGGCGACGUGAGACUGCUGCGUUUGGCGAGGACUCGCUUUGAGCGGCCCUUUCAGCCUUUUCCCCAGGCUCCGGCCGGGGACACACCAAAGACCUGGCGAAGUCUGGAGACACGAGAAAAGAAACCAGGGCGAAGGGAGGGUGGAGACGCGAUUCCAGCGCUCGAUCGAGCCCAGCAACUUGCCAGCCGCGCCGUGGAGAGCAGGAAGCCGGAGCGGCGCUGCGGCAGACCCACGGAGCCAACAGUGCGGCUCUCCUUCUCGCACCAGGAGCAGGAAAAUCGUGAGCUGCAGGACGGAUGCCGGCGCGCCUAGGCCCCGAAGACCACACGACACGCGCGCGCCCUUCCCGGUUCUGCUCGCUCGGGCCCGGCACGAACCUUUCCUUCCCCGUGCGCCUCCGGCAGCGCGUCUUCCUCCAGCCCCUCCGCGUAAGCACCUUGAAGGUCUCUCCGCAGCGGGCGGCUCACCGCUGCACUCCACGUUUGUGUGUAUUGCGGGGCGGGGGAGGCGCCUGCUCUUUUCCUGGCAACGUGCGCCUUUCCCUUUGCUCCGCGCGGGCCUGUCUUGGCCCUUCACGCUGCGUUCUUCUCUGCGCUCCUGCUUGGUGUUGGGCAUCUGCGACUGAUCCAGGCAGUAGGAAAACGCGGGGAGCCAUCUCCCCCGUCGCCAGAAUCUUGAUCUGAAAAAUCUCCAUCAGUUCCCAUUCUUGGUAUUGAUUUGUCAGGGAAGUCCCGGGUACAAAUUCCAGGUACAAACACCCUACUCCUCGGGUGUUCUUUGGCGAGCCAUCAGUGAGCGGGGGUGCCAAUAAAUCCGUUCUUUUCUUCAUCUCUCCCCUCCUCAGUCCCGCGAUUGUCAACAUGGGGAUGGCAAUAUUUAUUUAUUCAUUGAUAGACCGUCACAAGAGCCACAUGGUUCCCUGGACGCUUUACACAUAAUUCCACCCCCUUUAAGGAUUACAACAAAACAAUGCAUACAAUGCGCUGCAAUGCUAUGCAUAUAUAGCGCGCAUAUGGCAGGGAGCAAACCCCAGUGAACCUCGCCUUCAAUUAAACACGCCAGGAUUUGCACUAUAAAAAGUGGUCUGCAGCUGCUCUGAGUUUCGACCUCUGGUUGCAGCCUUCCUGCCCAAAUUGUGCCUAUAAGCAAUGUUUUCUAUCUUGCAUAUCCUGGGCAAAGCCUGACCCUAAAUCCGGAUGGUCUUAAGUGAAAUUCAUUCGAACUGGACUGCUUCAAGGAGGGCUGGAUUAGCUUUUACCCCUACUAUUACCCGAAGAGCCUCCCCCACCAAGCCCUCGGUAAACGCGGCUUGCACCCGGGCGCAAGGCGAAAUGCCUUAUUCCCCAGAUGGAACGGUAGAGGCCAUCGAAGAGAGAGACCCGAGGCAUUUACGCGCGCGGUCUAAGCUGCAGGAAAGCCCUCGUAUUUCCAAGUAUAAUUAAGGAGCUUCAGAGGUGUCCCGCCGCCUGAGCCUGCCCCUGUUUGCCGAUAGCGCUGCGCCCGCGCGUCGGCUAGGAAAGGCGCACGGCUGCUCCCCGGGGGGGCUGCUCCUUGCCAAGCGCUGGCCCGAGAAUGAGUUCUCUCCCAGCCUUGCCGUUUGCAGGGGCUUUUGGAGGUGUGGUUGGAAAGCUGGAACGCAUACCGCUUUUAAGAUCGUUAUUAUCACUUUAACCAGUUGCAGGCGAGAGGGAUUCUUGCCUGGUCUGAGCGAGGCUCGGGUUUCCCUCCUCGCCUCUGCGCCGCGCUGGAGGAAGCGAUGGCGCUGCCGCUCUUGCAGCAGCAGUUAUAUUAAUGGUUAUCGUCCUGAGCAGCCCAUUAGCUUUUUCUGCUGCCCCACGGCCCCCUCUGGUUUGAGCACGGCCUUGUUGUCCCAGCCGCGCUGCGCACUGUUUAGACAAGGGAUUAAGGUAAUGGAUGGCGCCGGGAUCCAUGCGAACGAGGGGGGAGCCGAGCAGGAAGCCCGUUCUCUGAAGAUGGUAUCAGGCUCUUCGUGGGCCCUAAUAGCUCCACCGGCCCCGCGGGCAGGGGCGAGACCUGUCUCGGCCGCCGCGUUCUGCCACUAAUGGCCCCGAGCGCAGGCCCCGCUCGCAAACAAGCGAGCGCACCUAAUGCCCAGCGCAGCCGCUUUGAUCUGCUCCGGGAGACCUCGGCGGCUCGGUGAGGGUGCCGGGACAGCUCGCUGGGUGGCCCUAGAUAAGCCAUGAUUUCCUCAGCCCCCGUCCGUAAUCUGCGAAUAGAAGGCUCACAGCCUCGCCUGCCUUGCAGGACUGUAGUGAGGAUGGUCCCUAAGUUCCUUCCAGGAAUGGCGAUCCCCUGGGAAGCCAAGAUCCCCUUAAAUCGACAUGAUUUCCGUUAAAGUCACCUCGAAAUUCCCACAAAGGCUGCUAAAGGAUCGACAGAUUCUUGGCUGAUUUUCUGUGUACUUUCGCAGUGAUUUAAUCUAUCGAUGAAAUCUGCCUAAGGAGGCACAUCAUAACAGGAGGUACUUCUCGAGAAAAAGGUACUUUUUAAAAGCUUUUUAGAAGAAAAAGCAGAUUCCUCCCCAUUCUUGGAAAAUGACUUCUAUUGUCUGCGAUUUUCAUUCAGUGCUUAAAUGAAUAAAUUAACAAAAAUGCGA